AUGGCGACGGGCAUGCUCAAAACGUCGGGUAUGAGCAUCGUAGAUGCGGCAGGAAACCCGGUCCUGCUCCGGGGUACAAGCCUCGGCGGCUGGAUGAUGAUGGAAAACUUCAUGAACGGCUUCCCCGGCCGCGAGCACCAGAUCCGCGCCGCGCUGCUCAAGGUCUUGGGCAAGGACAAGUGCGACUUCUUCUUUGACAAGUUCCUCGAGUACUUCUUCAUGGACAAGGAUGCCGAGUUCCUGGCCUCGCUGGGCUUCAACUGCCUGCGCGUGUCUUUCAACUAUCACCACUUUGAGGAUGACAUGAACCCUUUCGUCAUCAAGGAGGAGGGCUUCAAGCACGUUGACCGGGUGUUGGAGCUUUGCGCCAAGUACAAAAUCUACGCCAUCCUCGACUUGCAUGCCGCCCCUGGCGGCCAGAACCAGGAUUGGCACUGCGACAACCCCACGGGCUACGCCGCCUUCUGGGAUCACAAGCACUUCCAAGACCGGGUCGUCAAUCUCUGGCAAGUCAUCGCAAAGCGGUACCGGUCUAACCCGUGGGUGGCUGGAUACAAUCCCCUCAACGAGCCUGCCGACUCGGAGUGGACGAGGUUGUUGGCGUUUUACGAUCGAAUCGUGCCUGCGAUUCGGGAGGUUGAUCCGGAUCACAUCCUGUUCUUGGAGGGCAACACGUUCAGUAUGGAUUUCUCGGGCUUUGACAAAGUGUUCCCCAACUCGGUGUAUGCAGUCCACGAUUACUGCGGCUUUGGGUUUCCCAACCGGAUCGGGAGAUACCAGAAGUUGCCAGAGCAGGACGCCUAUAUCCGGAAUAUGUACGACCGCAAGGUGGAGUUUAUGAAGAAGCACAAUGUGCCGAUAUGGAAUGGCGAAUUCGGUCCUAUUUACGAAAAGGAAGAGACCAACCCCGAUUGGCAAAUCCACAAUGAUGAGCGGUAUGAGAUGCUGGAUCGUCAAAUAGCUAUUUACACCUCGGAGAGCAUUGCAUGGAGCAUAUGGGCCUACAAAGACAUCAACAUAAUGGGCAUGCUGCACGUCUCCCCCAGCACGCCCUGGUUCCAACUCCUCUCUCCCAUAAUCGCCAAGAAACGCGACCUCGCGGUUGACAGCUGGGCCUACGAUGACGCGCACCUGCAACCGAACCUCUUCGGGCCGCUGCACAAAUGGUUCGAAGACAACAUCCCUCCGCAAUUCUCCAAGAAGUACCCCUGGCAGUGGCGCAUGCACAUGCACGUGUUCCGAGGCAUCCGCGGGAUCACUAUGGCCGAGUACAUGAUUCCCGAAUGGGCGGAGCUGUUCCGGGGGAAGACGUUCGAGGAGCUCGAUGCAUUGGCGGGGAGUUGGAAGUAUGAGAAUUGUCUGCAGAGGGAAAGGUUGAAUGAGCUGCUUACUACAUAUGCGGGAAUGAAAGCCGAGGAUGCGAGGUUGGCGGGGAAGGUCAUACAGUCUGAGGUUAGGAAAGACGAAGAGAAAAUACAGCAGACGACAAGUGGGGUGGGAGUGUUUGAGUUGGCGCCUGAUGAGGUGAAGAGGAAGAAGGAGAUGGGCAAGGUGACGGUUAAGCCUGUUGCGGUUACUGUAUGA